CUUUUAAUAUUUCUGACAAGAUUCUUUGCACCACUACUGAUGGAGGCGUUAACGUGGUUUUGGCAAUGCGAUUGCUAAAGGAUAAAUUAAUUUUAAAAAAUUAUAAUUUUUACUUUCAACCUCGUCGCUGCUUGGCACAUAUAUUGAAUCUUAUCGUUACAACUGGGUUAUCACCUAUUAGAUCAUCAAUUGAAAAAGUGCGCAAUUUUGUCAACGUUAUUUCAUUAUCAUCAUCUAUAACUCAGGAUUUUAAAGAACUUGGUCAAACGGUUGGUGAAGGUGAAUCGACUCAUAAAAUUCCACAGGAUGUUUCAACUCGUUGGAACAAUAAAACUAAUCUUCAAGUCACAACCCAGUUUCUAAAGCCAUUUUAUGAAACCACUAACGUUCUUUCUG